ACACAAUUGUGAAUGUAAUUGUAAAGGGCUCCUUCCAUCAUCAACUAAUCGGACCAGAGUAGUUGUGUUUUCUGUGGAGAAAUCCCAAAAAGUGCCUACACAAAGACUUGGGUUUAGUAAUUUUUCUCUGUUUUGAGAAGGUUUCAGUUUUCAACAUAGUCCCAGUUCAACCGAAAAAAAAUUUCGACAUCGAAAAGGAAAGCAAAUGCCAGGGCCACAUAGAUCUUCGACCUCUUCAUUCAAGAAUGGUCUACCUCCUCAAGAACUCCUCCACGAUCUCUGCAGUCGGUUUGUUCUAAAUGUGCCAAAAGAAGAUCUCCAAUCAUUUGAGAGGAUCUUGUUUCUUGUGGAGUAUGCACAUUGGUUCUAUGAGGACAAUUCCAUGGAAAAUAACCCAUCAUUGAAGUCACUCACUUUGAAGGAAUUUACUUCCUUAAUGUUCAACAGUUGCGAUGUUUUAAGACCCUAUGUUACUCAUCUAGACGAUAUAUUUAAGGACUUCACUGCAUACAAGGUUCAAGUUCCUGUAAGUGGGGCCAUCAUAUUGGAUGAAACUUAUGAUCGGUGCUUACUAGUGAAAGGAUGGAAGGGAACAAGCUGGAGUUUUCCCCGUGGGAAGAAGAACAAAGAUGAGGAAGACCAUGAAUGUGCCAUUAGAGAAGUUCUGGAGGAAACAGGUUUUGAUGUUUCUAAACUUCUUGACAAAGAAGAGUACAUUAAAAUGAUAUUUGGCCAGCAGAGGGCGCGGCUUUACAUAGUUGCUGGGGUGAAAGAUGAUACAGCCUUUGCUCCACUCACCAAAAAAGAGAUCAGUGAGAUAGCAUGGCAGCGGCUUGACGAUCUCCAACCGGCAAGUGAUGAUGUAAUCUCUUGUGGGAUGACUGGCCUCAAGCUUUACAUGGUUGCUCCAUUCUUGGUGUCUUUGAAAGCAUGGAUUUCAGCUCAUCGGCCCCUGGUAGCAUCAAAACCUGAUAUGCCUUCGAGACGUUGAUAUGAACCGAAUGAUGUAAUGUAAAACCAAGAAAAUGAAAAGGAAAAAUGUAAUACUCAUUAGAUUUUCUUGAUAGAAUUCGUGAAAAACUAACAACUGAAACCAACUUGAUAGAUGGCUGAAUUUAAAUGUGUGCAUAAAAAAG